UUCAAAAACCAAAAUUGCCCUACCAACUUUACAGUUCCUUGUAUAUGUAAAAACUAACACUACUUAUUGAGAGUCCGUGCACUGAACUCAGCGCAGCAAAUGUUUUGUUUGUGCGUCAAAAAGAAAUUAGACAAACAGCUGUUUGAGGAGCAUUCCCUUCGAAUAAGCUUGAGUAAUCAUGUUUUCACUUUGUAAGCAGUCACAUCCAGCCACAGGGGUGGAAUUUUCAAUCUGCUGUCGUUUCUUCAACAAUUCAGAGGAGAACCUGGUCAUAGCAGGCGCCAAUAUACUCAAAGUGUAUCGUAUUUUUCCACAUCUUGAUGUUGCACAACGCCAAAAGUUGCUUAAUAUUAAUGACUUGCGAGCUCCACCCAAAAUGCGGCUUGAAUGCCUCGCAACUUAUACCCUCUACGGCAACGUGAUGUCCCUGCAGAGCGUUUCGUUAGCGGGAUCGUUGCGCGACGCGCUUCUCAUUAGUUUUAAAGAUGCCAAAUUAUCUGUAAUGCAACAUGACCCGGAUACAUACGCUUUGAAAACAUUGUCCUUGCACUUUUUUGAAGAAGAGGACGUGCGCGGUGGUUGGACCGGUCGCUAUUUUGUACCAAUGGUACGCGUGGACCCAGAUUCCCGUUGUGCAGUGAUGCUGGUGUAUGGUAAACAGUUGGUGGUGUUACCCUUUCGCAAAGACAACAGUUUAGACGAAAUAGAGUUGGCUGACGUAAAGCCUAUUAAGAAGACUCCUACAGCUUUGGUAGCACGCACACCAAUACUUGCCUCGUAUUUAAUAGCUUUACGAGAACUGGAUGAAAAAAUUGACAACGUGCUUGAUCUACAAUUUCUCUACGGUUAUUAUGAGCCCACACUGCUGAUACUCUACGAGCCUGUGCGAACAUUUGCCGGACGUGUGUGCGUACGUUCCGAUACAUGCGUACUUGUAGCCAUAUCUUUGAACAUACAGCAGCGUGUGCAUCCUGUGAUCUGGACUGUAACAGGAUUACCGUUCGAUUGCUUACAAGUGUUCCCAAUACAGAAACCUAUUGGUGGAUGCCUCGUGACGACGGUGAACUCCAUAAUUUACCUUAAUCAAAGUGUGCCGCCUUACGGUGUAAGUCUUAAUAGUUCAGCGGAUCAUAGUACAAGUUUUCCACUUAAACCCCAAGAUGGCGUACGAAUUUCUCUGGAUGCGGCCAAUCUUACAUUCAUUGAUAUUGAUAAAUUAGUUAUCUCGCUUAAAGGUGGCGAGCUAUAUGUACUAACAUUAUGCGUUGACUCUAUGCGUACGGUGCGCAAUUUCCAUUUUCAUAAGGCAGCAGCUAGUGUGCUAACCAGUUGCAUGUGUGUCUGUCAGUCGGAAUAUCUUUUUUUGGGGUCACGUUUGGGAAACUCAUUGUUGUUGCACUUCACGGAGGAGGACCAGAGCACUGUAAUAACAUUGGACGAAGUGGAAACAAAGGAAAUGGCAGCAGCUAACGACGAAUCUGUGCCGAAGGCGCGACGUAUUGAAGACGAAGAGUUAGAGGUAUAUGGCACCGGCGCCAAGACCUCGGUUCAAUUACGCAAAUACAUUUUCGAAGUUUGCGACAGUUUGCUUAAUGUUGGUCCCAUCAAUUUCAUGUGCGCUGGAGAGCGAGUUGAAUUCGAGGAAGAUGGUGUUACUCUACGACCGCAUGUAGAGAAUUUGGCUGAGCUGAAGAUUGAAGUUGUCGCUUCUAGUGGUCAUAGUAAAAAUGGCGCAAUUUCUGUAUUUGUAAACUGUAUUACACCCCAAGUCAUUACCAGUUUUGAGCUCGAAGGAUGCUUAGACGUAUGGACUGUGUAUGAUGAUGCCAGCAAAAAGACUUCACGCCAGGACCAUCAUGAUUUCAUGAUCCUGUCGCAACGCUCAUCAUCGCUGGUACUACAAACUGCUGACGAAAUCAAUGAAAUAGAGAACACAGGUUUCAGCUGCCAACAGCCAACAAUUUUCGUCGGAAACCUUGGUCAAAAUCGUUUCAUAGUACAGGCAACAACCCGUAAUGUGCGAUUGCUUCAAGGGACGCGCCUCAUACAAAAUGUACCUAUUGAUGUAGGCUCCCCAGUGGUGCAGGUCUCCAUUGCGGAUCCAUAUGUUUGCUUGCGUGUAUUGAAUGGUCAAGUUAUAACUCUGGCUCUUCGUGAAACAAGAGGUACACCUCGACUUGCAAUAAAUAAGAAUACCAUCAGCAGCAUGCCAGCAGUAAUUGCGAUUGCCGCAUAUAAGGAUUUGUCUGGUUUGUUCACUGCGAAGUCAGAUGAUGUGCUCAACUUGACGGGCAGCGGUGGUAACUCAUUAUACGCUGGCUUGGGUUAUAUGAAAGCAGAGCCACAUAUGAAAAUCGAGGAUGAAGAGGAUCUGUUGUACGGCGAAUCAGGCAACGCUUUCAAAAUGAACAGUUUGGCCGAACUUGCAAAGCAGUCCAAGCAGAAAAACACCGAUUGGUGGCGUCGUUUACUGCCCCAAGUGAAGCCUACUUACUGGCUGGUUACUGCUCGCGAAUCGGGUACUUUGGAAAUUUAUUCAAUGCCCGAUAUGAAGCUAAUGUAUUUGGUGAAUGAUGUGGGCAAUGGCGGUAUAGUGCUUAGCGACUCAAUGGAGUUUGUACCCGUGCCGCUUAGUAACCAAGAAAAUAGCAAAGCUGGUAUACUAUUGAAUUGCAUGCCGCAGCAUGCAAAUUCGCCCUUGGCACUGGAAAUCAGCAUGGUGGGUUUGGGUAACCAGGGAAUGCGUCCAUUGCUUUUGAUACGCACGCGGCUCGAAUUAUUAAUAUACCAAGUGUUCCGCUAUCCCAAAGGUCAUUUGAAAAUACGUUUCCGUAAAUUGGAAACCCUCAACUUGCUGGACUUGCAACCAACCAGUAUGGAAGUGGAUGAAAGUGAGCUGGAAUCAUACAAUCUACAAGAGCGAUAUGUUAGCAAGCUACGGUACUUUGCUAACAUAGGUGGGCACAAUGGUGUUAUGGUUUGUGGCGUGAAUCCACAUUUCCUUUUUCUCACACCGAAAGGUGAGCUGCGCGUGCACAAAUUCUUUGGACAUGGAGUGAUUCGUAGUUUUGCGCCUUUCAACAAUGUUAACUGUCCCUAUGGUUUUUUGUAUUUUGACCACACGACAGAGCUAAAGAUAUCUGUACUACCUACUUAUCUUACCUAUGAUUCUGUGUGGCCCGUGCGGAAAGUGCCGCUACGUUGUACGCCACGCCAAAUAGUCUAUCAUCGAGAAAACCGCGUUUAUUGUCUGAUUACGCAGACUGAAGAGCCUACUAAUAAAUACUAUCGCUUUAAUGGGGAAGACAAGGAAUUGACAGAGGAAAAUAAAGGUGAACGUUUUAUCUAUCCCAAUGCUUCUAAAUUUGCUAUGGUGCUUAUGAGCCCAGAGACAUGGGAAAUAGUGCCAGACGCUUCCAUACAAUUCGAGGAAUGGGAGCAUGUGACUGCUUUUAAAAUCGUAAAACUCGCUUACGAAGGCACACGCUCCGGCCUCAAAGAGUACCUUUGUAUUGGCACGAAUUUCAACUACAGCGAGGACAUCACUUCACGCGGUAACAUACACAUUUAUGACAUCAUCGAAGUCGUUCCUGAACCAGGUAAACCUCUUACGAAAUUUAAAUUGAAGGAAGUUUUCAAGAAGGAGCAAAAGGGUCCCGUCUCGGCGAUAUCGGAUGUGCUUGGCUUUCUAGUAACAGCGCUCGGUCAAAAGAUCUACUUGUGGCAGUUGAAUGAUGAUGACCUCAUUGGUGUUGCAUUUAUUGAUACAAACAUUUAUGUGCAUCAGAUAAUUUCGGUCAAGUCGCUAAUUUUAAUUGCUGAUGUAUACAAAUCCGUCAGUUUGUUGCGUUUUCAGGAAGACUUCCGCACACUCUCACUAGCGUCACGUGACUUUAAUCACCUGCAGGUCUAUAACAUUGAAUUCAUGGUGGACAACAACAAUUUAGGUUUCCUAGUAACAGAUGUUGACAAGAACUUCCUAGUGUACAUGUACCAACCAGAGUCACGGGAAUCGAUCGGUGGCCAGAAGUUGAUACGCAAAGCCGACUACCACCUCGGUCAGGCGGUGAAUACAAUGUUUCGUGUACAAUGUCAUCAACGCGGUCAACAUCAACGUCAACCAUUCCUCUAUGAAAAUAAGCAUCUUGUAUUCUUUGGCACAUUAGAUGGUGCACUUGGCUACUGUCUACCACUGCCGGAGAAGGUAUACCGGCGAUUUUUGAUGUUGCAAAAUGUAUUGCUCUCAUACCAAGAACAUCUUGGCGGUUUGAAUCCAAAGGAGUUUCGUACAGUAAAGUGCUCGAAAAAAUUAUCACUAAAUCCAUGCCGUUGCAUAAUUGACGGUGAUCUAAUUUGGUCAUACACAAUGAUGUCUACCGCGGAGAAAAACGAGGUGGCAAAGAAAAUCGGUACGCGUACAGAAGAAAUUCUCGCUGAUCUUUUGGAGAUCGAACGUAUUGCAGCGGUAUUUUAAGACAUUUGAAAACUAAUUUAAAAAACAUUUUUAUAUUUUAAAAUAUGUAGUAUAUAUAAGAAGAUCAGACGAUAAGUUAUGUGUACGAUAAAGCGCCGUUUGCAUGUUAAGUGCAACA